AUGAAAAUUCUUCACUAUGCUGCGAUCUUUGUCAUCUACGCCAAUACGGUGAUUUCGUUUCCACCGAAUCGCCGUUUCAAAAAAGAUUAUUUAUCCAACAAAAUGGAAGCCAAUUAUACCGGAGAAAUAAGAGCAGACCGCGAAGAUUUGGCUAGACGGUCUGGCAUGAAAUCGGCAAAAAUAUUGAAGCAUUCUGACGAUUUGAAGAUUCCGGAGCCUAAGUGUGGAACAGAUCCCACGGAAGUUUUUGACCAAUCUGAAAUUGACGAAAUGGACAAGAUUCUGAAAGAUGAUGUUGACAAAGGCCUUGAAAUGAUCGAAAAGAAAGGAGAAGAGACUUACUUGUCAUGUUUGAUUCCAACAAAAACCGAAGUAAACUGUAAAGUGAAAAAGUGCGAUUCGGGGAAAACAGUUGGGCAUUGCAUUUGUGGACCGAAGAAAUGUAAAAUGGACAGACCAACUGCCACGUCUGCUCAGUCGAUCGCCGAAGCAGUAAUGGGUGAAGGGGUGUUCAAAAGAAUUAACGAAGCUAAUUACGAAACAGCAAUAAUUGAAGGACGCACGAAAAUGGCCAAAAAAACUGGUAUACAAGCUAAUGCCAUGGUGCGUAGUGAUUCUUUGAAAGUUCCGGAGGUAGAGUGUGGACGAGACUAUGAUGAAGAAUCGGUGAAAAUGAUGAAAGAGGUAGAAAAGGAACAUUUAAACGAUAUGCAAAAAAAAUAUGCAAGGUGGGAAGAGAAAGGAGAAGAUGCAUUACUUUCUUGCUUGGUUCCUUGGAAAACUGAAGUCAAUUGUAAAUUCAAAGAGUGUGGAAACGGGAAGAAGAAUAUCUUGUGCGUUUGUGGCCCAAAGAAAUGUAGACUCGACAGUCAAGGAUUUUGUGAUAAGAGUGUGAGAAGUGAGGAGAGUGGAGAGAAGGAUAGUGAGAAGGACGAUGAUGAAUCUGAUGGAUCUGCUAGUCUCUACACUUUUGGUGCCUUUGUCAACUUGGCUCUUUUCUACUUGGUCGCUUCCAUUCUCUGA